AUAAAUGCAAUAGUAGACCUCUCGCAUUGGGAUAGGAACAUAGAUUUUAAAUUAGCAAAAGAAGAUGGGAUAUUAGGCGUAAUUCACAAAGCCACCCAGGGGGUAGAGUACGUAGAUCCUGAAUAUGCAAAAAGGAGAAAAACCGCUGAGGAAGAAGAAAUUCUCUGGGGAGCAUACCAUUUUGGAGUAGGAGAAAACGGCAAAGACCAAGCUGAUCAUUUUCUCGAAACAAUAGGUGAUAGUUCGGAUGUAUUGCUAGCCCUCGACAUUGAGGAAAACAAAGGUGGAAAAAGCAUAACAGCAAAACAAGCUGAAGACUUUGUUAAUCGAGUUUAUGUAGUAACGGGACGUUUACCAUUAAUUUAUGGCAGUCCUUAUUUUCUGAAAGAUUUUGCAACGCCGAUUUUAACUGAAUGCCCACUAUGGUUAUCAAAAUGGGGAGCAGAGCCAACAUUACCAAUAGGAUGGAAAAAAUGGACUUUAUGGCAGUAUACCGAUGGUAAAACAGGUCCUAAACCAAAUUCAGUAGAAGGCAUAGGACCAUGCGAUAGGAACAAAUUCAACGGAACAUUAGAAGAAUUA